CUGCUGGUUUUACUCUUCUGCUUCAGAGAAAAGAUUUUGUGAUACAAAUACAUCAGGUUUUGGGAAUCUAAUACUGAAGAUCACCAAAAUAUCGAAACAUUUUUAAAGAACUAUAGUUCAUGUGCUCCAAAGAGAUACAACUAUUCAGAAGUCAAAAGAAUCACCAAUGGCUUUAAAGAUAAACUAGGUCAGGGAGGAUACGGUUCUGUAUACAAAGGAUGCCUGCAUAAUGGAAGUAAUGUGGCUGUGAAACUCCUGAAGAAACUAAAAGGCGGUGGUGAAGAAUUCAUCAACGAGAUGGCAAGUAUUAGCAAGACCUCACAUGUUAACAUCGUGAGCCUUGUGGGAUUUUGUUUUGAGGGAUGUAAAAGGGCUCUCGUAUAUGAACUCAUGCCGAAUGGAUCACUCGAAAAGUUUGUCUAUGAGGAAAGAUCUGACACAGUUCGCCGAUUGGGUUGGCCAACAUUAUACAAAAUUGCACUAGGCACAGCUCAAGGUUUGGAGUACUUGCAUCGUGGCUGUACCACUCGGAUUUUGCAUUUUGAUAUAAAGCCUCACAAUAUCCUGCUGGAUGAAGAUUUUUGUCCUAAGAUCUCCGACUUUGGUCUUGCCAAACUUUGCGUGAAAAAGGAGAGCAUUGUGUCGGUGUUAGGUGCGCGAGGAACCAUUGGUUAUAUUGCUCCAGAAAUUGUUUGCAGAAACUUGGGAGGUGUGUCUCGCAAGUCUGACGUCUAUAGCUACGAAAUGAUGGUCCUAGAGAUGGUUGGAGGAAGAAAAAAUGUUGACGCUGGAGCUGAUCGCACGAGUGAGAUCUACUUUCCACAUUGGCUCUAUCGACGAAUUGAACUAGACGAAGAGCUUCAACUAAUUGGGAUAAUGAACGAAGAGGAGAAGGAAUACGCAAAAAAAAUGGUGAUAGUGAGUUUGUGCUGCAUACAAACUGAUCCCUCAAAUCGACCAUCUAUGACUAAGGUUGUGGAGAUGUUAGAAGGAAACCUAGACUCCAUGCAAAUUCCUCCCAAGCCUUACCUAUAUUCGUCUUGAAGAACCGAGGUAGAUUCAUCGGCAGCAGAACUGGCCUAGUCUUAUUUUGUUGUGAACUUUCAGCAAAAGCUGGUAUUGUUGCCUCAUAAAGUGAUUGAUAGAAUCUUUACAAAGGCCCAUAGUUCACUAUCUUAGUCCACUAUAAAGAUAUGUCACAUUAAGUACAAAAAGUGUUCCAAAAACUUGUAAAAAAUACCUAACUUGAAAUUUUACCUUAAAUAAAGGACUCACAUCGCGCUUUAAAUUCGCGAUACGGGUCCUUUUAACUGUUAACAUCCAUUAACAUCGUCCGUUUCAGUUGACAGUAUAGCGCACUAAUUUAGUGCGCUACACCUAUUUUGGUUCAACUUUAAAUUUGUUUUCUAUUUCGAUCGCUUUAGUGCAUCAGACUGCUGCUCAUGCUACAAAGCAAAAAAAAGAUAACAGGACAUGUGCAGAACUGCAGUACAAUCUAAGUGGGGCUUAUUUUAUGCAAGAAUCACAAGCAGAUGCUUCCUCCUAGCCCCUACCUCACAUUAAAGUACGUACUCCCUCCGUCUCAUUUUACGUGGCACAGUUUCUUUUUUGUUUCACUCAAAAAAGAAUGUCACAUUUUCUUAUUUAAUAACUAUUUAAAGAAUGUCACAUUUUCUUAUUUGGUAACUAUUUAAAGACACAGUUACUCUUGUGCCCUUAUUGAUCCCACUUAAGGAUAAUACUCUUUUUUGUACUUUUCUAAAAAGGACAAUUUGGUAAACUUCAUAAAGUCUCUACUUGUUUUUUAAACUGCGUGCCGAGUCAAAAGGUGACACAUAGAAUGAAAUGGAAGGAGUAUAUGAUAUAUCCAAAAAAAAAAAAGAGUAGCACUUGCUGACCUGUGUGCAUUUUUUGUGGUGCUCCGACAUCCGUUAAAUCCAACACAAACCAAGUAUAACAAUAUAAGAAAUGCUUAAAUAUUGGUGUAGAAUAUAUUAAAAAACACCCUUCAAAUCAAGAAGAUAGUUGGGUGUUUUGAUUUCUUAGACGAACCUUAAAGCUCUUUGGACGUCAAUAUGUGUGUAUGAACCUUCGGGCACUGAAAAAGACCCUUC